CCACUGAGCAAGGCCAGGGAUCGAACCUGCGUCUUCAUGAAUACUAGUUGCGUUCAUUAACCACUAAGCCACGAUGGAACUCCUGUCCAUUUUCUGACCUCCACUCGCUGCCUCCACUCUGCUCCAGCAAUGCGCUGAUAGCCUCACUGUUUCUUGAAAAAGACAAGAUUUGUUCCUCCCCAACUCAAGCCACAUGCACCAGCUUUCCAUUCUUUUCAGAGCGCUAUGGUCCCCAGACCUUCUACUGGCUCACUCUUUUUUGACCAUCAGGUGACAGCUCAGAUGUCACCUCACAGAGAAGCUUGACACACAACCUUCUGGGGGGUUUUCCUUUCUAUAUGAAGGUGUUUCCUUAAUAUAAGAUGGUUUUCUGCAUUUGUUGAUUCAUUGUUUCCCCAUAUUAAAACGUGAGCGGCCCCUGGUAACUGGGAUGUUGGUCUGUUCUGUUCAUUUUUGGGUCCCCAGUGCCUAGCAAACUGUAGGCACUCAAGGAAUGGAGUUUGGGUUAGGUGAUUCAUUCCACACCAGUACAUCCAGGGCUCUCCAUACGUCUUCCUGAGGACGGUUAGCUUGCUUCCCGUCCUUGGCUAUCUCAACGGACCCAUUCCAACUUCAGAACUAAGCGCACUGAAAAAUUUGACGGCCACUGUCAAUUUCCUUACGAAGAGGCGGCUCACCAAACACGACAUCUUUGAAAAAGAAAACCGUUUUUUAUCCCCCUUCGAGGUAUGGUGACGGUACGUGAGAGAAUGAAGAUGCUCAUUUUGCAGAGAAAACUGAGGCCCAGGAAGCUUUUAAUCCCAUAUCUCUGCGCACAGACUGUGCUAAAUCUGCCCGAUAGAACCGUCCUCGGCUUGCAAAUCCACGCCGGCCCUACUUCGGCUUUCAAAGGAAAACCCGGGUGUCAGGCCCCGCCCCCUCGCAGGGCACAGCCAGCAGGCCCCGCCUCCGUUCUCGCGAGAUCUGGAAGGCGGAAAAAUGGCGCUGACGUGAGCACGAGCCUGCGGCCACCGAAGGAAUCAGUGCAGCUUUAGCUGGAGCUGUCGGAGCCGAGGGAACAGGAGGCAGAAUCGGGGCGAGGAUGGAGGAGGAACCCUCAGGGCCCAGCCCAGACAUGCCGGCCACUGCAGAGUCCAGCUCCAGUGAGACCGACAAGGAGGUGCUGUCCCCAGUUAUGGCUGCUGUAGCCACCUCCUCUUCCAUGGGGGAGGAGCCAGCCUCUGACCAGGCAGCCACACCCCCGGUGUGGGAACGUGGAGGGUCUGGAGGGACCCAGCAGCGUGCCUCCCCAGCCCCAGACAGUGGCCAUCCUGGCCCUGGACCCAGCGUUGGCCCGAUCAGCACUGUCUCCGGAAAGAGUGAGGACCUGCGGCCUCCCAGACGACGCCCACCACCAGGGAAGCAGAUACCCUGCUCCAGCCCUGGCUGCUGUCUGAGUUUCCCCAGCGUUCGAGACCUGGCACAGCAUCUGCGUACCCACUGCCCACCCACACAGUCCCUGGAAGGCAAGCUCUUCCGCUGUUCUGCCCUGAGCUGCACUGAGACUUUCCCCAGCAUGCAGGAGCUGGUGGCACACGGCAAGCUGCACUACAAACCCAAUCGCUACUUCAAGUGUGAGAACUGCCUCCUGCGCUUCCGCACGCAUCGCUCGCUCUUCAAGCAUCUGCAUGUUUGCGCCGAGCAUGCGCAGAGCCCAGCCCCGCCACCACCCCCCGCCCUCGACAAGGAGCCGCCAGUGCCGGAGCGCCCCCCGGAGUCCGACGCUGCGUCGGCGCCGGGACUGCAGUUCCCGUUGCUCGAGCCGUUCACGACCCCUGCCCCUGCCCCUGCCCCUACCGGGCCCUUCCUGCCCUACUUGAACCCCGCGCCCUUUGGCCUGAGUCCCCCACGCCUGCGCCCCUUCCUGGCCGCCGCUCCCGGGCCGCCCGCCUCCAGCGCCGCCGUGUGGAAAAAAAGCCAAGGUGCAGGCGGCAGCCCGCGAAGACCCCAGGGCGGCUCCGACGCGCCCUCAGGGCACGCGGCCCCGAGCCGCAUCUUGUGGGAGCACACGCGCGGCCGCUACUCCUGCAUGCAGUGCGCCUUCUCCACGGCCUCGCGGGCCGCCAUGACACUACACCUGGAAGACCACCGCCCCGCGGCCCCCGCGCCGGGGCAGCCGCGCCCCGACGCGCCGGCGGGGUACCAGGAUAUUCCCAGCCCCCAGGAGUUCUCCCCAUCGAGCCCCUCACUCAGCCACCCCCAGAUCCAGGCAACAUCACUUCCCAGUCUAUUAGGAUCUUUCCAGAGAGACCAAGAGAACCAACAUCUUUGUCCAGGUACCUCCCCCAAAUCCCAUCACUCAUGUAGAUGCCACAGCCCCUCCUAUAGGUACAGUGGGUCCAUGGGCCCCCUUCGGCCCCUCACUGCCUUCUCUAGAAGCUGAAAUCACCUUGAGGCCUAGGGAGCAGGGUCACUCUGAAAACUCCUUCCAACCCUCACCCUCU